CUACCACACAUAGUUUAGGUUAAAGGAAUUGAUCGUGGAGAUGGAGUGUUACGUUUGUGGACAGAGUGGGCAUAAGGCUCGUGAUUGCCCCAAUAGAAGCCAGCAGAAGCCUGGAGCUGGCAAGAAAUGCUAUGUCUGCGGAGGGUUUGGUCACGUUGCUCGUGAUUGCCCCAAUCAGAAUGGCGAGAAUACCGAGUCUGUCUGCUACAACUGCGGCAAGCCUGGUCACAUUGCUGCUGACUGCCCUGAGGAGAGAACCAGCCGUCCGACUGGAAGAGCGGCGAAGACGAUCAUUUGCCGUAACUGCAACAAGGAGGGUCACUUUGCUCGCGAUUGCCCGAAUGAGGUUGUUUGCCGUAACUGCCGCCAGCCUGGCCACAUUGCCCGCGACUGCACGAACCAGGCUGUCUGCAGAAACUGCAAUCAGCCUGGCCAUUUUGCUCGUGAUUGCCCGAAUGAGACGGUUUGCCACAAGUGCGGUCAGUCGGGUCACAAGGCUCGCGACUGUCCCAUGUAGAGAGCGAAAUCCAAGGGUAGGCUGAGUGUUACGGCUGUAGCAUACACAUUCUGUAG